UCCAGUAAAUAAUUUCUACUCGUGACCUCCGUUCUGCGACGACAGUUUGACUUGGCAGUCAAAACAGUAUGGGUAACAACGGCAGCACCUCCGACGGGCCCCCAUCUUCACGCCGUCCCUUCACCGGCGGAACAGGCCGAGUCCUUGGCCGCCCCAUGUCUGACGUCCACUCCGCCUACACUUUCGGCCGAGAACUCGGCCGUGGUCAGUUCGGCGUCACCCACCUCGUUACGCACCGCGUUACUUGCCAGACUUUUGCUUGCAAAUCAAUAGCCACGCGGAAACUCGUAAUCCUAGACGACGUCCGUCGCGAGGUGCAGAUCAUGCAUCACCUCGCAGGCCACCGGAACAUAGUGGAGUUGAAGGAAGUGUUUGAGGAUAGAAAUUAUGUGCAUUUGGUGAUGGAGUUGUGCGCCGGCGGCGAGCUUUUUGAUAGGAUUAUAGCAAAGGGGCAUUAUUCGGAGCGAGCGGCGGCGGGGCUGUGUCGGCAGAUUGUGACGCUGGUGCAUACGUGCCAUUCCAUGGGGGUUAUGCAUAGGGAUUUGAAGCCUGAGAAUUUCUUGUUUUGGAGUACGGAUGAGGAUUCGCCACUCAAGGCUACUGAUUUUGGGUUGUCAGUUUUUUUCAAGCCUGGAGAUGUAUUCAGAGAUCUUGUUGGUAGUGCAUACUAUGUGGCUCCAGAAGUGUUGCGUCGAGAAUAUGGUGCUGAAGCUGAUAUUUGGAGUGCUGGAGUGAUGCUAUAUAUUUUACUCAGUGGCUUCCCGCCCUUCCGAGGAGCAAAUGAGCGGGGCAUUUUUCUUGCGGUUUUGCGGGGACAUCUCAAUUUCGCAUCUGAUCCUUGGCCAUCAAUUUCAAGCAGCGCGAAAGAUCUUGUGAAGAAGAUGCUCCACACUGACCCUAAAGAACGGCCUACUGCUGUUGAAGUCUUAAAUCAUCCAUGGAUGAGAGAGGAUGGCGAUGCAUCUGACAAGCCCCUUGACGUUGCUGUCUUGACUAGAAUGAAGCAAUUCGUUGCAGUGAACAAGUUCAAACAAGUCGCUCUUAAGGUGAUUGCCGAGAAUCUGUCUGAAGAAGAAAUCAUAGGCUUGAAGGAGAUGUUUAAAUCCCUCGAUACAGAUAAUAGUGGAACAAUUACUUACGAAGAAUUAAAAACUGCUCUGCCCAAGCUGGGUACGAAGUUUUCCGAAUCAGUAGUCAGGCAGUUAAUCGAAGCGGCUGAUGUAGAUGGAAAUGGAACGAUAGAUUACAUUGAAUUUAUAACAGCUACAAUGAACAUGAGCCGAGUGGAGAGAGAAGACCGACUAGACAAAGCAUUUGAAUAUUUCGACAAGGAUAAGAGCGGGUACAUCACCAUGGAAGAAUUGGAGCAUGCAUUGAAUGAAUACAACAUGGGUGAUGCUAAAACAAUGAAGGAAAUCCUUGCCGAAGUAGAUACUGACCAUGAUGGGAAGAUAAAUUAUGACGAGUUUGUUGCAAUGAUGAGGAAAGGCAACCCAGACUUGGGCCAUGAAUGAAGCGCAAAAUUAGAUAUAAAAUGUGAUUCCGAUGAUCCAACAGUACACAUCUUUCCAUGAGCUUUGUAUUCUUUAGCUCUGUAGUCAUGCAAUGCUCGUGCAACAGAUCAUUUCAAUUCCAUUUUAGGUGACUCCAUAUGGGAGAGUUUGCUCAUGAGCAAAAUAUACACUUACUAUAUACAACCAAUUAACAGAGUUUAACACAUUUUCUGCUACUGGGACGACAAAGAAUGCUACGGCAACCGUACAUUACAACAGUGCUGAAGCCAACAAACAAGGCAACAGACGAGUAAACAACCAGACGGCGUUUCCACCUUUUUGCCAAGCCUGCCUUCGGUCGAACAAUCUCACUCCCUUGAUGGGUCAAGGGAGACCCUGGCAAAACUUGACCGAAACCUUUGACAUGGUGGCAAGAAAGCUUAGCAAGUUUGUGAUGGCUGCUACAAGAGAAAGAGUGAAGGGAAUCCACCAGUCGUGGCAGCUUGUGGAGGAGGUGAUGGUGAUGGAGGCAAGGAUGACAGCUUGAAAUAUGAAAUACAAGUUGACAUUCUGGACAGCUUUUGUUUCCAGGUUCCUUAUUCUCUGCUCCUGUUUCUUGUUGGUUUGGUCAAGUUUGUCUAUCUCUCUCUGAAUUCGAUCCUCAGAGCUGCUAUUCCCUUGACUUUGAUUCAUCUUAAUACUCGUCUCUCUCAAACAAACAAACAAACAGACACACACAUACACACAGAGGGAAUGAAGGUGAUUGCGUUUUUGUAUUUUAAGGAAGCCUACCCGAACUUGUGACGUGCACGUAUUGUCCAUUAACUUAUUUCUA